AUGUUACGAUUAUCUAAGAUCUUGAUCUCUCCCAAAUGGGGUGUCAAUGUGAUUAAAUCUAAAGCCCAACUUCGGUAUAAUACAGUUAUCGCUGGUACGGAUCAAAGUUGUAAAGAUUACAUGGAAAGUUGUAGAAUAAACGGGUCAAGUGUUAAAUCAACAGUAUUUAAAGGUACAUUAUACGAAUUUGCAACAAAGACGUUCCUAGAGAAUAAUUUGAAAUGUUUUGAUAUUAUAAGAAAAGGUGGUGCCUUUGAUAAUGGUAUAGAUUUGGUAGGUAAGUGGGACUUAUCACAUUUCUUCAAGAAAAAUGAAAAAUCCAUCAAAGAAAUUGAAAACAUUGAUGGUUCAACAAUAAUACCUAUAAUAUCUAACUCCAAAGAAUUGCAAACCUUGCUUAAAAAUGACAAUAUGAAAAACACCAUUUCUAUGAAAUCAGAUAUUAACGUGUUGGUGCAAUGUAAAAACCAUAAAGCCAAAAUUAAAGCUAGUGUAAUCAGAGAAUUAGUGGGUAUUUAUACGCAUCAUAUUAAAACAGAGGAACAAAAACAAUCUACCAUAAUGAUGUUGGUUUCACCCGCUCCAUUAACUAAACAAGCUCAAUCAUAUGUAGAACAAACUAGUUUGCCAUUGAUCCAUGUCAUGAUGUCACCUUUAACUUUAAGAGACUUAACAGUAAAAGGAGACGAAAUAUAUAAUCUUAAAUAUUGGAGAGGUGGGAGAAUAGACUCAAUUUACUUAAACAGUUACUCGAAGUUACUAUUGAAGUAUUUGAAUAUAGAAUUAGAAUUUCAAAAGAUUAAAAGACUUAUAUUAGUUUAG